AUGGGAUGUCGCCACACCAUUCAGCGGCUCGCACCGCAUGUACGGCGACCACCACACCGAAGAGCGUGGCUCGCCCCCACACUCGCAUCUCAUCAGGAAUUGGAUGCCGGCAUCGCCGCCCGUCAACAUGCGGAUCGUAAAAACUUAAAAAAGUCUAAGCGGCCAUUCGCAAACUAUUUCCGUGCGGAGUAUAGAACUUCCCCCACGUACAGUCCACCAGUCAUCCGCACAAAUGGGCACGUCUCCUCCUAUGAUACUGUGCAGGUGAUGACGAAUCCAAAUCGUAGUUGGACUCCCUUCUGGGGACGUGCGACUGGAGGUGUGCGAACACAUAGAAAACGACAAGAUGUCUUGGAACAGACAUUACCACAAUUUGGAGAUGAUGGACUUGACCGUACAAUUGAAAGACUUUUAGAACUUCGAUUUCAAUGGGAUCGUGAGGAUGAAAUGUUAGCACCAAGUCUUGUCCCACCGAGUAUGCGUACAAUGACAGAGCAUUGUCUACCAUUUGCAUCCACAUCACAACAACAACGGCAACAACAAGAAGAACAAAAACAAGAGAGUAUAGGUGUAAAUUGUGUAGAGUUAGAUGGAGAGCAGGUUCCUCUCUCUAUAUUUCGAACACGUGGACGACGUAAAGGUCCAUUAAUUCCAAAAGGUAGUCUUGGUUUUAGUGGUGUAGACACAAUUCCUGCUAUUGUAGUAGAUGCCACACGUGGACCACUUGUCUCAUCUCCUACAGAAGUAUCGAUGAAUGUUCGCUGGAAAGCGACCAAUCGAGAAGCUGCAAGUGUGAGUGAAAUGCUGCGAUUACAACAAAGUAUUGGACGAGUACCAAUUAUUGGACUCCCUACACGUUCUUUACUAUUAUUAUUAAAGGUAUAUGCAACUAUGGAGGUGGAGAAUCCAGCUCUAGCUGUUUCCCUCGCUAUUGCAGGGGCAGAACAUUAUCAUGAAUACACUUAUACCCAAUGUCUAGAGUUAUUACGUUGUCUUAGACGUGUUGCCUAUGUUCAAGGUUUAGCUCGUCUCUCUAAUACUUCUACGGAUAUAUUUACACUUUAUCAUGAUGCUACACGGUGUCAAACGUUUUUUGCAGAUUAUAUUCGUGAUGCGGCACCUUUUUUAGCGGAUAGAGUAUGGUCACGACUCCCUGAACAUGUACAACGAUUAACACGACGGAAACUCUUUAUAGAUCUUACUGACCUUCUUAUGUUAGCAGUAGAGAUACAAGGGGGAAAACUUCCACGUAAUUUACCAAAUCCUGUUAGUUCAGCAGUAUACGCUUCCAAGUACCUCUUCUUACGUUAUACUUUACAACUUGAUGAUGAAAUGAUGAUAGAAUAUGCGAAACACAUGUCAGCAGCGGCAGCAUCAGGGGCAGGGGCAAUAGUAUCUGGAACUGGAAUUGGAACUGGAACUGAUCCAACUUCCUCAUCUGAAGAUGUGAAAAAGGAAGUUUCAACCUUGACAUCAUCGAAUCAAAAUCAAAAUCAACAAUUAACAACAUCACAUGAUCAAGAAGAUGAAGAAUGUGAAGUAUCAUCUACUACAAAACCAUUUAUUGUAUGGCUUUGUGUUUCAUUUUUUGUCCGUCUUAUCGCAGAAGCGGUUGGGGAUGUUCUUCGUCAUGUGGAAAUAUCAUUAAAACAACAUGUUCAGUUAGCAAAAGAGUAUGAAGCUACCGCCACUUGGGGUGGAUCUAGACUUCAACGAUUAAAGGCAGAAACGAAUCUUCAACGCCAUUUGGAUCGUAUAGCUGCACCUUUUCCCCGUCAUAGUAUAUAUCAACGAAUAGGGAGAAAAACACCAAAAACAUUACGUCUCCGUCUUAUUCCAUUAGAUGUCUUUUUGGAUACUUUUCGCCGUACUCGACAGGCCCCUAUUCCCACUAAAGAUAGACGUAUUCUUGGACAUGUGGAAUCUCCCUUUGCAACUGUGUUAAGUCGAUCCGCACUGGCUGAAAAACAUAUUCGUCGGGCUUGUGAUGUACUGGACUGGGCGGCAAUGAUGUUAACACACUGUACAAACAUCGUUAAACGGGUCCCUACACCAGUAAAGCGAGCACAACGAUUAGACAAUUCUGCAGAACCAACAAUGACAUCAUCAUCAUCAACACAUUCUUCUUGUUCUUCUUGUUCUUGUUCACGUUUAGAGGGAAUGGAUGAUCGUUUUGUGUGGUGUGAGGCGUUAGUACGUUCACGUGUUCAGAAUGAUAUCGAUUCUCUCUUUAUUUACGUUCCCUGGCAAGGUCUGGAGGAACAAAUGCAAACCCUCGCAGGAGAGAAGACACGAGAUAAUGUUGAAGAAAAAAAGACGGAAAAGGAAGUAAAGGAUAUGGCUUGUGUACCAGAUGCGUGUUUUCUUCUUGAUCUUUUGGCUACUACACCAUCAUCAGAGAGUGGGGAUAGUCGAAAUAGCAGCAGCAGUAUUGUUCAAGGAUCAAAAGGAGAGGAAAAACAAAUUACUGGUUCUACGACUGCAGAACAAAAGGCACAGAAAAUGCUAGAAGCUCUGCAAGAGAGUGUUGAGAGAUUUCAACUGGCUGUCUCCAACUUGAUAGACGCUCAGGAAGAGUACUUUUUAAUAGUGUAG